AUUUUUAACCCUCAUUAUGUCCUCCAGAGCCUUCAGAAGACUAGGAGGUGAUUCCUUUACUAUUAAACUACCAGCAGCUACUGGAGGAGAGGAAGAGGAUGAAGAUGAAGAGGAAGAUAUUUCAUUACAGCAAGUAUCUUUGCAGCCACAGAAAAAGAAUAAAUUUAAUCCUUUUGAUAUGUUGAAUGAUUCUAAUGAGAGUCCACAUGAAGAGGAGGAGGAGGAGGAGGAGGAGGAGAAAGAAGAACAAACAUCACAAGUUGCUGUUACUAGUCAAAGCAGCUCUAGAAAGAAAAAGAAAAAGAAGAAAAGAGCAACAAAUAAACAAAACCAGCCCACUCCAACUGUCUCUAAUGAAGAUGAGGUUGAGGCAGCAUUGAGAGAAGUUACUGAUAUGCUAGGGGGUCUGGAAACUGUUAGCUCAUCUCAAGUAGAAUCUAAUAGUUCCAAGACCCCUUGCAAUCAGAGACCAUUGCUAUGCGUGGACAGAAGAAAUCUAAAUGCUGAGAAUGAAAUGAGGAGAAUAUUUGGAUCAAGAGUUGUGAGAGGAGAACAGACCAGUCAGAGAAGGCAUCAUAGAAGAAAGCAUCAGAGACAGACAGUUUUGGCCACUCCCAAGGACACUUGGCCUCAAAUUGAGAGAUUGGGACUAUCAAUGUCCUUGGAAGAAGUAAAAGACAGGAGACUGAGGUGCUAUGUUGGUACUCCAAAAAACAUUUAUCGUCAUGUUGUCCUCUCAGACCUCGAAUCAGUGAGCACUUCACUGCCACAAGUAAGAGAAAGGAUGUUAAUGGACCCCUCAUACUGGUUCUGGUAUUAUUAG